AUAAUGUUAUUAAAAGUAAUAUAUUUUAUACAAAUAUUGAUACCAUUUGUAUUAACUAUAAAUAUCACGGAUAUAGUGAACUAUUCGGUCAGACAAUACAAUGAAUUAUCCAAAAGUAUUAUUAUUGGUAAAGAGUAUCCUACAGAAGGAAUACCACUGUCCUAUAAGUGGAACUGUACUGAACCGGUAAAAAAUCAGUGGACGUCCGGAUUUUAUCCCGGAGUGUUAUGGCAUUUAUACAAAUAUACUAAUGAUAACAAAUGGAGACAACUAGCAAUCAAAGCUACUGAUAGCUUAUCUGAAAAUCAAAUGAGAACCGAUAAUAUAGAUAUUGGGUUUAUUAUUAUGUGUUCGUAUGGAAAGGGAUAUGAAUUUACUAAAAACUCAAGUUAUCCUCAAGUUAUAGUUAAUGCCGCUAAUAGUUUAGCAAAAAGAUUUAAUUAUAAUAUAGGAUGUACUCAAUCGUGGGAUAAUACACCAAAUGAAUUUGUGGUCAUAGCUGACAAUAUGAUGGACCUGGAAGUGCUAUUUGAGGGCUGGAGGAUCAGUAAAAAUAAGACACUAUUAGAUAUGGCUGUUUCGCAUACUAUACAAACAAUUAAAUAUCAUUUAAGAGAAGACUAUAGUCACUAUCAAGCGGUUGCCUUCAGCGAUACUAAUGCAACUAUUAUUAGAAAAUUUACGGCACAGGGAUAUGCAGACUGGUCGUGUUGGGCACAGAGUCAAGCCUGGUUGGUCACUGGUUUCACUAUUGCCUAUAGAUAUAGUAAAUUAGACUAUAUAUUAAAUGCUGCGGAAGGAGUAUCCAAUUAUUUUAUUGAUAAUUCACCGCCUGAUGGGAUACCCUACUGGGACUUUGAUGUACCACACGAUUCAAACCAUACAUACAUACCUCGGGACAGUUCGGCCGCAUCUAUAGCAGCGUCGGGUUUGAUUGAACUCUACGGAUACACUAAUAAUACAAAAUAUUUAAACGCUUUCAAUAAAAUAAUAAAUUCUUUAUAUUCAGACAACUAUAGAGCGGAUGCCGUCUUUCAGGUUGCUAUACUGUAA